UUGGACGGGAUUAGAUCCGGAAAAGAAGAGUGACUAUGCUUACCUUGAUUCGUUGUGGUUUGAUAUGUACAUCACUGGGAAACAUAAAUCAAAAGUCCUUAAAUGGGUAAAAGCUAAGAAAAUAUUCACAAGACGAUAUGUAUUUAUCCCUAUUGUUUAUUGGGGACAUUGGAGCCUCCUUGUGUUGUGUAAUUUUGGUGACACAAACUACUUGGGUACUCCAAAGGGGCCACGCAUGCUACUGUUGGAUUCACUUAGAACAACACAACCAAAGAGGUUGCCGUUGGUCAUCAACAGCUUCAUUACUGAUAUUUUAAAAACAGAAGAGCGGGAAGACAUAGGGCAGUUCACAAAUCAAGUCCAUCUUGAGUUUCCUGAGGUUCCCCGGCAAAGUGGAAGUGAUUGUGGUAUAUAUGUUCUUUACUUUAUAUACUGUUUCCUCAAAAUCAAGAAACUGGGAGAAGAUUUGAGCCAGCUGGGUGCCUUGUUCGACCCAGAGGUACUACAGAACCUGGAGGACAUCCGCAGGGCUAUUCUUUUAUACCAAGAGAAACAUGAUGUCACUAUUACAGAGUAGGUCAUAUGGCAAGAUUGAAUCAAGUAAACUGUACACAUACUUGUUAUUGGGUAACAGUCAAGAAGUAGCUUCAGUGGCAGUCAGCUCAUAGUUCUUCAUACCGAAUCUACAAACGUUUCCAGUCGUUCAAUAAAAUCUAAGAUACCAUUUGCAUUUGAUAUAUUUAUUUUGCAGUUCAGCAUUACCAACUUAUAUUAUUUGGAUCGCAUGUGAUCGAGUAUAACUGUCCUUUUGAAUAAUUAUUACCAGGGGUAAUUCCUGUCCAGAUAAUUUCUCUUGGGGCAUUUGUUCUGUCUAGAUGCUUCCCGUUCUGGAUGAAUAAUGUGCACCAUUACUGUUA